AUGAGUGCGCAGCAGCACUGCUUCGUGUGCAGCGAGCUGCUCGACGGCGACGCGGCGUUCGUCCAGCACCACCUCAACGCCUGUCUCGACCGCCAAGGCUCCUCAACCAGCACCACGAGCCAUGCUGGCUCGACCAAGCGCCGCUCGCCCUCCCCUCCUCCGACUCUCCCCUCGCACUUCUCGUCCGACGCAGCCCUCGCCCUCGCCCUCGCCGGCGACGAGCUGUCCGCCGCACCGUCCACCACCUCGACCUUCGACCACGACCGUGCCCUCGCUCUCGCCCUCGCGCACGACGACGCCGCCUCCUCCUCGUCGUCGUCCGACGCGGUCUGCCCCGUCUGCGGCGCCAGCUGGGCCGAGCGCGGUCUCUCGCUCCCGUCGUCGACCGCCGACUACGGCGCAGCACGCACGAGGGUCCUCGAGCGGCGCGAGGCGCACACGGCGGCGUGCCUCGAGGCGAAAGGGCGGUUCGAGGAGGACGGGCAAAGGGCGGCAGGGGCGGGCUUGCAUGGCGUGGCGGACGAGGACGACGAGGGCGAUGCGGAGACGGGCGUGGGACCGGGUCUGCUGUGCGGGAGGGGCAAGAGGCCCUGGUUCGGCGGCGUCGGCGGGAGGGACGAGGUGCGAGGGACCGCAGGGCUCAUCCACGUCCUCCGCCACACGCUCAAGCAGUCCAACCUGGCGCCGCAGGGCCGCACCGAGGAGGCGUGGCUCGUGACGACGACGACCGAGCACAUCCCGACGCGCGUCAAGGACUGGGGGUGGGGCUGCGGGUACAAGAACGCCCAGAUGAUCUUCUCGUCGCUCCGCCACCUGUCGCAGUACGCCAAACACUUCUCGUCGGCGACAUCGUCGUCGUCGGACAGCAGUACCGCGUCGCCGUCGCUCGCGCCCAUCCCGACCAUCCGCGAGUGGCAGGAGAUCAUCGAGCAGGCUUGGGCCGCCGGGCACGACCCGGACGGCGCGCGCCACUUUGGCGGCAAGCUCAUCAACUCGCGUCGCUGGAUCGGCACGACCGAGGUCUACGCCGCCCUUACGUGGCUCGGCAUCCGGGCGACCAUCAUCGACUUUCCCAAGCUGUCGGGCACAAGCAGCGUCCACGAGCCUCUUCUCAAAUGGCUCGUGACCUACUUCCGCCUCGCUCCUUCCUCUGCACCUUCAACGAGCACCUCGCCUCCCCCUCCCUCGACCGAGAAUGCCUUCACGGCGCUCCAGUCUGCCGCCGCCGCCGGCGGGCCCGUCCGCCUCACGGCGCGCGAGCCGCUGUAUCUGCAGCACCGCGGGCACAGCCGCACGGUUGUCGGCGUCGAGCUCGGGUCGGGCAAGGCGAGGCGCAGGGGCGCCGUCGCCGGGCUUGGGCAGGGGAGGGGGGAGGAAGACGAGGAGGACGAGGCGUGGUUGCUCGUGUUCGACCCGGGCAAGCCCAUCUCGCAUGAGCUCAAGGCCGCCGCCGCAGCAGCAGCACUCGCCGCCUCGACCUCGACAAAAGUGACCACCUCCUCUUCCUCUUCGAGCCCCGCCUGCGCCGCCAACCACUCGUCCCCGCCGCCCUCGAAGAAGCUCAAGCUGUCGCCGCUCCUCGGCUCGACCUCGCACGGCGGCUUCGGCACGGCGGGCGGCGCGCUCAAGUACGGCGACGUGCUCAAGGUCGUGCGGGUCAACAUGCGCGAGCUCAAGCGCAAGGACGCGUACCAGCUGCUCUACAUCGAGCCGAACGAGCCGCCGCUGUCGCCGCUCGAGAAGGACCGGCGCAAGUUCGUCCGCAGCACCGUCGUCACGGCCUGA